AUGUCACAGUCUCCAUGGAACAGUCAGAAACUCAACUGCAACAACAUCACUGCUCAAUCCAAUCUAGCCACAAAUAGGGCAGCACCGCACUGUUGGAGGGAUCUCCUGAAGCACACUCCCACACAGCAUCCUGACUACCCCUUGCUGCAGGAUGCUCUCCGAAUCUCACAGAAUUUCCUGUCCAGCAUUAACGAGGAAAUCUCUGAUCGGCACGCACAUGUGACACUGGCAAAGGGAGAGAAUCGGCAGCUGGUGCGAGAUGGAUUCAUUGUUGAAGUUUCAGAGGGAACCAGGAAACUACGACACAUUUUCCUCUUCACUGAUCUCCUGUUGUGCGGCAAACUGAAAAAACAGGCAGUCGGGAAGCACCAGCAGUAUGAUUGUAAGUGGUACAUUCCCCUGGCUGACCUCAUGUUCCUGUCUGCUGAGGAUUUGGAGCCAAGCCCGCAGGUUCACAUUGUGCCUGAGCACGAGCUGGAGGAAAUGAAGAUGAAGAUAUCUCACACCAAGAACGAAAUCCAGAGAGAAAAAGUGAGCACUGAACCGAGGUUGACUCACGCUGAGCCGAGGUUCCCAAUCCAGCCGUGG